CUUUCUUUGGUUCGGUUACUUUCAGGUUCAGGUCAAAUCCAGCUGUGGCAGUUUCUGUUGGAGCUAUUGAGCGACUCGGCCAACGCUGCCUGUAUCACGUGGGAAGGAACCAACGGCGAGUUUAAGCUAACCGAUCCGGACGAAGUGGCGAGGCGUUGGGGCGAGCGAAAAUCCAAACCGAACAUGAACUACGACAAGCUGAGUAGAGCGUUGAGAUAUUACUACGAUAAGAACAUCAUGACCAAGGUGCACGGCAAGCGUUACGCAUACAAAUUUGACUUCCAGGGGCUAGCCGCGGCUACGCAGCCCCAGACCGACCCGACCUACAAGUACCAAAGCGACCUGUUUAUGUCGCCGUACCACCAUGGGGCCAAGCUGAGUUCCUUCAUGAGCCCACACCACAGCAUGACGUCAUCUUCCGCUUGCAAAUUGUGGAACGCAUCGCUGACCAGGAAAGCAGGAUCGUAGCGGAGACUUUCCAUAUCAAAUUGGCGGGAGAAAGCAAUACAGUCAACCUACAACGUGAGUAUGGUUCGUUCAACACUAACUACAAUGCGUUAGUGGUUAAACUACGACAAGUGACCAACAACGAAAGAAGACGAAGCGAGAAUGAUAGAGGACGUACACCACAACAGCAAAGUACCUCUCUGAAUAGUUAUACGUGAUCUCCCAGCUGGAUUGGAAGGAAGUAGUUUCAGCUGCGGUGAUUGAUAUGUGAGUUGUGGUGAAAAAACAAAGAACGUUAACUGUUAGAUUAAUAAGUGUUUUUUGUAAUAAAAAUUGUUGGCGUCUGAAGAUGGCCGAAAUAGUGCAGUAGGCCGAAACGUUA